CAAACAAAAAUUUAACAAGGUGUUAUACUAUAGUUUGUUUGUUUGGGUUAGWGUUUACGUGUUUUUUGUUUAUAAUUGACGGAACGGUAAUCUAGUGGCCACUGACCACCCGUUACUAYRCAAACAGCAGCAGCGGCGGCGGCGGCGGGAAAAUGGCAUUACAUUCGGCAAUUAAGGGCAAACUGAUUGCCGUUAUCGGCGAUGAGGACACUUGCGUCGGGUUUCUGUUGGGCGGUAUCGGCGAAAUGAAUCGCCAGAAACAACCGCAACAUAACUUUUUGGUUGUCGACAAAAAUACMCCGACUCUGGACAUUGAGGACACUUUUCGGGCAUUUCUGAAACGGGACGACAUCGACAUCAUAUUGAUUAACCAGAACGUUGCCGAACUGAUCCGUCACGUUAUCGAUGCCCAUACGGCACCCGUACCGGCCAUAUUGGAAAUACCGUCGAAAGAUCAUCCGUACGAUCCGAACAAGGAUUCCAUACUCCGACGGGCCAAAGGUCUGUUCGGUUCGGAUGACUACCGAUAGACGCUGAUCGGUCUAUCGGGUCGGGUCGGGUCUGGCCAGUUGGCUGACUGGCCAGCCAGCCGUGUGUUUGUUAUGUCUAUACAUUUGAACCCGAUUUGUCGACAACUGUUUUUUUUAUUAUGGAUAGACAUUACCGCUACAUAUGGACGGACGGACCGACCGAUAGACAGAUAGAUAUUAUACUAAUAUAUCAUAUGA